UUUUAGGUCUCUCUACGUCGGGCUUAUGAUAUCAGCAGAUUACUGGUGGACAUCUAACAUUGCUCUGCGUGGCAUGGAUGAGUCCAGAGUUUCUGAAGCAGAUGUCAGCGUGUCAUCAGAGAGCCGCCAGCAAUAUGGUGGACGGAGCCAUACAGAACGGAGGCUUGUACAUUAAGCUGGGACAGGGCCUGUGUGCAUUCAACCAUCUUCUACCUCCAGAAUACAUCCAAACCCUACAUGUGCUUGAAGACAAAGCUCUCAACAGAAGAUACAAAGAGGUAGAUGCUUUAUUCCAGGAGGACUUUAACAUGACUCCAGAUAAAAUGUUCAGAACAUUUGACUACGAGCCUGUGGCUGCUGCAAGUCUGGCUCAAGUGCACAAAGCCGAACUGCACGAUGGGACACCUGUGGCUGUAAAGGUGCAGUAUAUUGAUCUCAGGGAUCGCUUUGAUGGUGAUAUCAGGACUCUAGAGAUUUUGUUAGACGUAAUAAAAUUUAUGCACCCUAGCUUUGGCUUCCGCUGGGUCCUACAGGACUUGAAGGGGACUCUUGCCCAGGAGCUGGAUUUUGAGAAUGAAGGCAGAAAUUCUGAACGUUGUGCAGAGGAACUGAAGCAUUUUAAGUUUGUAGUUGUGCCUAAAGUAUUCUGGGACGUGACCAGCAAGAGGGUCCUCACAGCAGAGUACUGCGAUGGAUGCAAAAUCAACAAUGUGGAGGAGAUUCAGCGUCAGGGACUGAGCCUCAAAGACACAGCUGAUAAACUCAUCCGCAUAUUUGCAGAGCAGAUCUUUUACACCGGCUUCAUUCACGCUGAUCCACAUCCUGGAAACGUGCUGGUUAGAAGAGGUCCAGAUAAAAAGGCUGAGCUGGUUCUGUUGGAUCAUGGGCUGUAUGAACACCUCAGUAAAAGUGACAGAGCAGCUCUCUGCCAGCUGUGGAGAGCCAUAAUCCUGCGAGAUGACGCUGGUAUGAAGACAUAUGCAAAUCAACUCGGGGUCAAAGAAUAUUUCCUGUUCAGCGAGAUGCUCCUGCAGCGGCCGAUCAAUAUGUGGGAUCUGGGUCUGGGGAACAUCCUGACUGGAGAGGAGACGUCCUACAUGCGGGACAUGGCCAUCAACCGCUUCGACAAAAUCAUGCAGGUGCUGAAGUCUAUGCCGCGGCCCAUGCUGCUGGUCUUCCGGAACAUCAACACCGUCCGCUGCAUCAACAUCACUCUGGGAGCUCCAGUCGACCGCUACUUCAUCAUGGCCAAGUGUGCUGUGAGAGGACAUGGCAGAGCUCAGGCUGAGGACAUUAGGUUGUUUUCCAGACUGUCCGUCUUCCGCUGGGUUUGCUCCUUCUGGGAGAGCCUCAAGUUCGAAUUCGCUUUAAGGUCAGAGAUGGCGCUCAUGAGUGUCACUCGCUCUCUGCUGAAGCUGCUGGCUUUCUGCAAUAUGGUCACGCUGGAUCAGGAUGUGUUUCAGUAUCUGAAAUGAAGCUCAGCAGCAUACCUCAGCAUUAUGGCUUUUAUUUUGGUCAAAGUUCAGUGACUGACCUGAGCUCGGGCUCUCAGGAACCUCUCUCACUUUCUUCUGCUCUGGUGAGCUGCAUUUCUCUGAAAGCUGAGCACUUUUUAAAUAUGCUUUUACCAGGUAGAAUAAUGCAGCAUUUCAUAAACUUUUUACACAUAAUUCAGGGUGCCAUAGAAUGAAAAUCUGGAUCUAUCAAGCGUAGCUCAAAAAUAAUAAUUCAACAGAUGGAAAUGAUUGAUUGUGAAUCUCAAAUACCCAGCAGAGAUCCAUUGCUUGCUUGUUCUCAUGCAAAUCUUUUUUUUCGCAGACAAAAAAAAAAACUGUUCCUGGCUUUGGAGUUUAAUGGAGUAUAGUGUGAGUGUGUACGAGAUCUUUGUCUGAGAAAAUCAAAAUAAGCAGCUCCGCUUUCAGAACAUGAAAAAUGUUGGAUGUAUGGAUUAUAAACCUCAUUAAUAUUAACGACCCUUCCAAAUAUGAUCAAAACCAUGCAUCUCUAAUUAGGACAAAUUCAUUAAUAGUUUUUUUACAAUGCACCCCUGGCAAAACUGUACUUUCACCCAUCAGUCACUGACUUGAGCAUCAGAGUAGAGCUCAUUAUUAUUCAUGACCCUUCCAAAUAUGGUCAAAACCAUCCAUCUCAAAUUAGUACUGAUUUAUUGAUAGUUUUUAGAACGCAACCCUGGCAUAACAGUACUUUCACUCAUCAGGCACUGACUUAAGCUGCGGUCACACUUGACUUUUCUCCUCAUAGACUUCCAUUUAUACACACACGAAUGUGUCAGACUGGAAACGCAGGGUCAUACGUUAAGUUUUGCAGGUCACUGCGGUACAAAGUUCAAGCUUGGUGAACUCUGACCUGCGAAAUCGCUUCACUUGACUGCGUGAGACCAAUCAAGGAUCGAAACAUGACCUCUCUGGAAAGAAAUUUAAAACAUGGAGCAAUCGCUCGCUUUUUUAAUGUCUAAUAAUUUUAUUUAAUCCUGCCCCUUUUCGCAGCGCCGUAUGACAGAAUUUCAAACACACAAACUCCAGUGUGACCGCAGCUUUAAAAUUCAGAGUAGAGUUCAUAAAUAUUCACGACUCUUCCAAAUAUGGUCGAAACCAUUCAUCUCCAAUUAGAACCAAUUCAUUUAUUUUAUUUUCAGCUUACUCCACUUAUUAAUGGAAUGAACCGCCAACUUAUCCAGCACAUGUUUUACGCAGCGGAUGCCCCUCCAGCUGCAAGCUAUCACUAUGAGACAUCCAUACACACUCCAUCACACUCAUACACGAUGGACAAUUUAGCCUACCCAAUUCACCUGUACCGCAUGUCCUUGGACUGUGGGGGAAACCGGGUCUCCGCACAGGUCACGUGACUGAAAAGUAUGAAUAGUGUUUAAAAUAUACCUGUAAACACUUUUCCACUUAUCUAAGCCAUAUACCUUCUGUGUUGAUAUCUGAAAACUAUUUAGCAAGGAAUCCAGUGCAUUCUAUGGCACCUUUUAAAGCUUGUGAAAUAAAAAGAACCUGAUAAAGCUACAUUCUCUUCUUCUGAAGGCCGCAGUUUUGAAACACUAAAAUAAUUAGAACGAAUGAAGCAAACGUUUAUGGGGUUUAGCAUUUUCAGUGACUUAUUGCAAUUUCAGUCAUACAGCAACGACCGCAAUAGACAUGUUUAUAAGAAUAAUAUUUUAAAUGUGUGCCAUUUUGUAUUCCAAUGAUUCAUUUGUUGUUGAAUAUGCAGGAGGAACUGAGGAAUUGCGCAGUGAUGAGCUUAUGGUUGUGAGAAUUGGACAUAAUCUACCUGUAUUUAAUGUGUUUUCAAUAUAAAUCAUUUGUAUUUCAAUUUUGUCAAACAUUCAUCAAUGAUUAUUUUAUUAACCUCCUUUUUUUUUUACUCUAUAAAGGUUAUCAAAAUGUUAA